AUGCAGUGGCGGGCUUGGGCAACGCUGGGCCCAGCACUCUGGUGCGCCGCAGUGACGGCACUGCCAAAAUCUACAGCACCCAUUGCGGACGACAAUAAUCGCGGCGUAUCAAACGUGCCCUGGACUGAUCCGACGCUCAAGGACCCGUUGUGGCUUAAGUAUGGGCUCAACGCUUCCGCCGAAUAUAAGUAUUUCCACGAACCAGGUCGCGACGACAUCCUCGGCCACUACGACAGUCGGUACUUUACCGCGCCCGUGAGCGAUUCCGAGCGCGCAGAUACAUUGACACACAUGGUUCGAGCUUAUUUGAACUUCUUCGAUGAGAAUGAUUUGGAAACAUGGAUAGCACACGGGACCUUGUUAGGAUGGUGGUGGAACGGGAAGAUUCUUCCAUGGGAUUGGGAUAUGGACACCCAAGUCCCCGAUACUACCCUCGCCUAUCUGGCCGACCAUUACAAUCAAACCGUCGUUGGAUAUGUAGCGCCUGGAACGCUGGACAGGCGAGACUAUUUACUGGAUAUCAACCCGUGGUCGCGACAACGCGAGCGCGGCCAAGGAUUGAAUAUUAUAGAUGCGCGAUUCAUCGACACCAAGACGGGUCUCUACAUCGACAUCACGGGAAUCAGUCGUCUUGAGGCAGAUCAUCCAGACAUCUGGCAAUGCAAGAAUUUCCACAAGUACCGUCUUCAGGAUAUUUAUCCCUUGCGCCGGACGACGUUCGAGGGCACUCCGGCUCGAGUUCCCUUCGCCUACGAUGCGCUAUUGAUCGAAGAAUACAAAGAAGCGGCGCUGAUCUCGACGAGUUACCAUAAUCACACAUGGAUCCCUGCUAUGGCCGAGUGGGUACCAGAUAAUGCAGUCUCGAGCAUACACGUGAACGAUUCGUACGAAGACGAGCAAUACGAAUAA